GGCAAAAUCUUUCACUUCAGGUUCUGUUCGUCUCACAAUUCUAAAAAGCUCAGGUCAAAACAACACUACCAGCAAUUAAGCCGUCCCACCAACCAAAUCGCGCCAUGAAGUUUUUCAAGCAAAGCAAGGCCAACAAAGUCAGUGGCAAUGAAGACUGGACCAACGACUUGAAGGUUCUCGAGGCUGUGAGGAAUGAAAUUGCAGGCAGCAGCAGCAGCAAGAGAGGGAGUGGUUCUUCCUCAAGGAGAUCAUCUCGAAGCCAUUCCACCAAAGGCAAGAACAAGAAAGAUUGCAUCGAUGCCAACGAGCUCCAGCAGUUGCAUCAACUGGUUCGAAUGCUGAAGGAAGACGGAGAAGGCAAAGAACUCCUGGAACGAUUCGUCGAGAAGCAAGCAGAUCUGCCCCUGGACUCUGAUGAUCAGCCACCAAUCAAAGCCAUUUCCGUCCCACGCAGCAAGAAGCAAACAAGCCGAGCUGCAUAAGUUGCGAGUCAACGAACGCAAUCAGCUAGGUGCCCUUCCCAUAGUUUCGGCUUCUUUGCCUCGGGCGCCAGCAUGUAUAUUCUCCCAGAAAAGACGACUGUCCUCAUAUUCAUACUCCUUUAAAAACUUAGACCUUACAAUGCAC